CAGAAACGGGCUCACCCUCAGGAAUGAGCUCAUCUCAUUCGAUUGAGAAUGAGAUGAGCAGGGAUCAGCCUGCACAACGGCAUCCGGCUCACGAACUGGCUAGUCGCGGCGAUGCUCUCGCGACCAAGAAAUGUCACUCCAACGAGAACCUUAAGUAUUUUGUGAUGCCCGGCAGCUUCGUAGAGCAGUUUCAACAAUGGCAGAUGGAGACGUUUGGUGGGAUGGUGUCGGAGUGGUUGGAUCUGGCGACUUUAGACCCGCCCAAGAAUUGUUGUCCUCCUUUCAACUCUCUCUUCGCCUUUCAGGAUCAACAACCGCCAGUGUUGAUGUCUAACAACUGCGGUAUACUGCAAUCCGAGCUGUACGAUUCAUCGUUAAGCUCGGUUGAUUAUUCGAGGAUUGAUCUGCCAUCAUCUUCUGAGGCAGCUGCGGCUCUUAUCGCUUCUCUAAGCGACGAAAGCACUUCAUCUUCAACGUUUCCUUGCCAGAGUGGAGCUACUUGCACAUUGUCAAUGCCAUUUCAUCAGGAAAAUGAGAACUAUUCUAACACUACCGUUGGAGUUGCAGCUUGCUCUGCUGCAACACAGUCUUCUUGUCUUGAUGAUCUGUUUAUAUCAAAUUUUCUCUCCUCAAUGUCUGGCGAUGCAUUGUCUCAGUUUGGCAUGCUUUCAACAGUGCAGCCUACUGAUGGAAUAAUGGAGCAGCUGGUUGAAACUUCAAGCAGUAAUUUUACAGGACAGACGACUAUUGGGUCAAACUAUUGAUUUGGGAUACUUUCAGCCUGACGUACAUUUUGAUUUUUCGCAGCAUUUUAUAUGAAAUCAAUUUUGUACAACUUGCUAGUUUGACUUCAUCAAACUAGAUGGGGCCAGCUAGUUUGCACCGAAGUGUCUGGUAGAUGAAACAAUGAACAAUGGUUUCUAGUUGUGCAUGCCUUCGCGUACGCUCAUCACAAUACAAAAUACAAGAAAAUUUA